AUGAGCACCGAAAAUAUCCUGAUCCUCGGCGGAUCCUUCGCAGGCAUCAGCGCUGCCCACUACGUCCUCAAGCAUGUCCUCCCGCAGCUGCCAAAGAAGGAGGACGUUACAUACAAUGUCACACUCGUCAACCCGUCCAAGGAUUUCUGGUGGCGCAUCGCUGCGCCCAGAGAGAGCGUCUCGAAGCAAAUGAUGCCCGCGGAGAAGACGUUCUACCCCAUCGAACCAGCGUUUACCUAUGCCUUUCCAAAGUUCAAGUUCAUACAGGGAACCGCGACACACGUGGAUACGGCUGGUCAGGCAGUGUCGGUCGAAACUACUUCGGGCGAGCAGCAAUCGAUCCCCUACGCUGCACUUGUGAUUGCGACUGGAUUUACGACACCAAGCCCUCUAUUCACCCAGAGCACCGAUCGCGAGGCACUCGAGAGAGUCCACAUUGCCUUCCAAGAGGGUCUCAAGCAUGCGAAAACUGUGGUUAUUGGCGGAGGCGGCCCCGUUGGUGUUGAGACAGCAGGAGAGGUCGCUGAGAUCCUGAACGGUAGGCCAGGCUUCAUGGCAUCAGCACCCAAGGACCCAAAAGCGAAGGUUACACUGGUCUGUGGCGACAAGAAGCUUUUGCCUCUUCUUCGCCCAGCCAUUGGUCAGACUGCCGAGCAGUAUCUCAAGCGACUCGGAUGCAGUGUCACUUACAACACAAGGGUCGUAACAUCAUCUAGGAGCGAUGAAGAAGGCGCAAAGACCAUGGUCGAGCUUGCCAACGGCGAGACCAUCGAAGCAGACAUCUACAUCGACGCGACCGGCUCUCGACCCAACACCAGCUUUCUGCCAAAAGAGUGGCUCGAUACCCGCAACCGCGUUGCUUGCAAUGAGAAGACUCUCCGCGUCGAACACGAAUCUGCCGGUCCCCGCGUCUACGUAGUUGGCGACGUAGGCUCCUACACUAGGGGGGGUGUGAUGGAUAUGUCGGAUGCUAUACCUGCGGCCAUGACAAACCUCAAGAACGAUCUUCUAGCUCAUCUUACGGGAGAGCCGCACAAGGGCGACCGCCACUACACGGCGAACCUGAAGGAGCAGCAGAUCUGCCCGAUUGGAACACAGAAGGGUGUUGGUGCAUUUGGUGGAUUCAGGGUUCCCAGUCAGAUGGUCUGGAUGAUCAAGGGACGGGAUUACAUGAUUAGCCAGAUCGCAGAACCGACAUUGAGGGGUGAUCAGUUCAAAAAGGAAGGCAAAUGGAAGCCUAUCCAAGCUACUGGUCAGGCUGGAUUGAGUUCUGGUUAAAGUGCAAGUCUUGUAUGGGUUGUUGGAGAGUGGUCUUGCAGAUUCAAGGGUCGUGAACAAUCGUCGAGUAGACGUAGUGUUGCAUUUGUCGCGCGGAUGGAAUACCCUUUUGCACAGCGCGUAUUUCUUAUAUAGCUUAAUAUGUGAUUUAGAAUUGAUCUGAUUGAGAAUUGGGAAA